AUGGGUACAUACAGCGCAUCUAGGAAGGCCUUGAAGACUUUAUGGGCAGAUCUCGGCGCUAUUGUUUACGAGGCUGAGGAACCUGCGUAUCUGAGACCCGCGCCGACGGGCAUGAUCCACCACUUGUAUGUCCCAAUUCCUGAUGGGCCCCAGACCUUGUUGCACUGUGCUAGUUGUUCUAUUACUCAGCUUACGCCAUAUGCGCUCACAAAACCUCGUCCUAGCGAUGUAGUCACUUCGCCACAACUUGACGUUAGGCUCGCUGCUCUGCGACAUCCUAUUAGCGAUGUAUUUUAUGCGCUGGUCACCCGCAUAGGUACAACUCCCCACGAGGAACGAAUACAAGCCGCACUUCUCGCUUCGUGCUCUUUCCCGUACGUUAGUACUAGAAAUGCAUUCAUGAAAGGAUCCGUUCCCGCUCGUAUACUUGUUGACGAUUCAGCUGGAGUGACUCUCUCGGGCCAGGCCGCAAAACAAUGGUUUGAUCGCCUGCGACUGAGCAUGGAACAAGCAUGCCCCAAGGUGAUGGAUGGACGCAUGGCCGAAUUGGACAAUCACCUCGGACGGGUGUUUGUAUCAACGGCUCCUGGGACGAGUUCAACUGGUUCCCCGUCCUCACUUGUUCCUCAUUACGGCCAUGGACGUAAAGCAUAUGCGCAGGGGCUCGUUAUUGGGAAUUUCCGUACGGCCGGAGUCCCAUCUGAGGAGGCGUGUGCGUCUUGCUCGGGUCAGUUGGAGAGCAUUCAGGGUGCGUGGGUCGCAAAAGUAGCCCUAAAGGGAAGUGAGAUAGACAGCAAAAGGGAGGACGAAGUAAGCGUGCGUGUACUGAACCCCUUACCGAUGUUGGCUGCGUUGGCCGCAACUGGAGUCUUGGCGUAA